UUCAGUACUUUAUGGUUAGCGCCUGAUUGUUGUGUUCUAUACUUUAGCCUUUGAAUUGUUGUGCAAUAGUUGUUUCAGUUUAUUAAAAAUCAUUUACAAAUUAUCAUUAUGGGCAUAGUACAGUCACUUGUUUCACGACAAUUUAAUAAAUUUAAUGUUGAAAAUCGCGCUCAAAAAAUAAUUUCCCAAGAUAAGCCCAAGCCUGCACCAAAAUUUGAUUCCAACUUAAGAGACCUAGAAAGAGUUUUACAAGAAUAUCCCGAAUUGAUCAACAAGCAAAACAAAAAGGAUGAAUUGUUAGAUGAUUACUUGAAACAUGUCUAUGUAACUUCUACACGUUCGGAACCCACCCGUCAAAGACAGUUGGAAUACGCGUUACCUUUGGAUCGCUCAGCUGUUGAUGAUUUCGAAUUUGGGCAUUUGGAACCACAAAAGGUGUCUAAAGGCCGUUGCACAUUACGCCAAGCUAUGGAGUUUAUUUCCAAUCACCAAACCGAUCCAUCGCAAUGGAAUGCCGCUGCGAUAUCUAAACGCUAUGAUUUGAAAGAGAAUCUUGUGAAUGACAUUCUUAAGCACUUCAAACCAUUUGAAUUGCAUUUACCUGAGAACAAACAAAAAGGCAAGGCAUUUCCCAAUACAAGUAAUCAAAAUAAAUUGCUGAAUUAAAUCGUCUGUAUUUCA